UCGCUAUGACCUCAGUGGGUCAAAAACACAAACAAGUGGUGAAAGCUCAGGUAAGAGCAGUAGAAAGCGCCGUGGUGCCACCUCUGUCACUGCCUCACUAUGCUGAUCCUGGAUCUGCCUCCUCCAGGCUUCACAGCUAUCACAGCUUGGGCCGCUGUCUCCGCUCCAACGUAUUUCCAGGUGCUCCUGUCAAAUGGAAAUCCCUCAGCCAGGACUCCUACAUCAGCCACCCUGUGACGGCCUGGCCCGCCGACCCCCAUCUCUGGUACGGACACAGGACAGAUGAAAUGGUCCAGUGGACAGAGAGAAACAUCACGAGCCAGAAGCUCAGCAAGAUACUGACGGAAAUGGAAAAAAGGGGCACCGCAAAAUGAGGUCCUACUUCCUACCCCCGAGACCACAACACACACUACACCCUGAUGAUUCACACCAUCAGUUACUCUGGAAAUGCAAAAAAACAAAAUGUGACUUGCUACCGUACAUGUUGUUCAGCUGCUGCUUAACCAUAAAGGAUGAUUAUGACUAUAGACUAUGUACUAUAAUCAUUUAGCUGCUACAGAUGGUCAGUGACAUUACGGUGUGUGUGUGUGUGCGUGUACAUGGAUAUAAAUAGACAAAUAUGAAAAGUAACUUUCUAAUUUUGUUUUCAAUAAACUCUGAGAGAUGUUGUUUUUCCAAGCUGAGAAUGAAAUAGUAAUGAGUGUAAACAUAAAUCACACAGUCCCUUCUGGAUCUAGAAGUACAGGAGCAGCACGGUGGAAG